CCGGUGGCGGUGGUCAACAACGUUACUACUGGUUGCAAAGAUGAAUCACGUCAUGUAUGACAAGUAAUAAUAAAGAAUAUCAUUUAUCACACAAUUUUAUUUUUCACAAUUAACUUGGAUUAAGAGAACCCUAAAUAAUGGCAGCUUCUACCGACGUCGCUACGAUCAGAGCGCAAAGAUAUUUAAAUGAACCAUUGGUGGAACGAUGCAGAGAUCUGGCCAUUCUGAUAGACGAGUCCAGUACCACUGAACUGCAACAUGUCUUCCCUCUGCUGAUAGACUCCUUGUUUGGAAUAGUGGACAACAUUGGAUGGGGCCUACACUUAAUUACGCUGAGGAAAAAUCCUCUGGAAUAUGAAGCACUGUGCCAUUUUCUCAGUCCGCAAGGGCCAAUGUUCUCAUUGUGCUAUAAAUUGCUCCCAGAUUGUUACUUAAAAUACAACUUUCCAGUGUCAUAUCUUCCGUCGAAGAUACGUUCCAUGCUGGAGGAGGCUGUAAUAUCACCAUUUUAUCUAGAUAAAAUUAAGGACGAUCAAGGAACGCGUGUUCCGUCAGCUUUAUCUAUGAAUCCCUUCGAAUAUUAUAUUUUUCACUUUGCGUAUCAUCUGUGCAAUCCCUGGCUGCAACUUCAGCAGCAGGAGAACGUGUGGAUGAAUUGGGAAACGGUUUAUGUUCAAUUAGCGCAUUGUUACUUGUACCACUUUCUUCCGCGAGACAAUUCGACAGUCCUACCGAUGAUCGGGCCGUACAUAAAGAAAACUCCGCCCAGAAAAUUGACUCAGUCGCCAGAAUUCAGAAGAGAUUGUCACAGAUUGCAAACACCGAGACUCCUGAGAACGUCGAUAUUAUCGCCAGGCUCGAGUCCUGCGACAGGUGUGCCACAGCAGCAGUGCUUGCCGCAAGUGUGGCGAAGCGAGACCGUGGUGCAGGUCUUCCUCGAUUUUUGGUUGGAGUAUACGGAGGAGCAAGUGGGCACCUCACAAUGCUCGUCUUAUCUGCCUACGAUACCGCGACGACAAAGUAUACAUUCCGGGGAACAUAUAAGGCUCGUGAGGGCGUUCAUAAAAACGCUGCACGAAUUUACAAACAGCGCUACGGGUGACAAGAGCGCAAUGGACGAACUGAAGAGAAUAAUUCUUCCUUCGGUUCAAGGAAAGAUAUAUACAUUUCUGCGGAAGGCGAUAUAUCACUGGCCAUUGGAUAGCUCCUUUAGACUAAUAUUGGAAGCCUGGUUGAGCUUUAUUCAACCAUGGAGAUACAUCCCAGGAGUAACGUACACUAAAGAGGGCAAAGCGGAGGCAGAGGAAGAAAGGGGAAAGAUUCAUGAGCCCGGCAGAUGGAUCUCUUUCGUUGCUAAUAAUCUAUUAGCGUAUACGGCUAUAUUUCAGCAAUUAUUGCCGCGGUUCAUGAGGACCGACUUGGUAGCACCCAAGAAUGCGUUAAUGCUAUUCAGAGUUACAAAAGUAUUCUCGCAACCACACUUAGCGAGGAUGAUCUGCGAAGUGGAGAGUUGCAUGGACGACGUAGGCUUAAGCAAAGGUCGACUAACUACUAAUCAAUGGACGUCGAUCGUCAGGCAGCAAAUUCUUGAACUAGAGGGUCCAACGUAUCAAUACGUGCCAAUAUUUUCGUCAGCCAUUACUUCCCAGAUUGUGUGGUUUUUGAGUACCAUUAAGCAAGCGCAUCUAACGGCAACUAGUUUGGUCGAAGCUUUGGAGACUAGAAGAAGAGGGAAACACUUCUUGCUGUCUCUAUGGGAAUUCUUUAAUUGCGAGGACUAUUCUUCGGACGACAUCAACAUAGAGGAACGGCGACGCGUGCCUGUACUUUUAGCUACCGCCCAGCAACAACUGAUAGACAUAUUUCAGAUCAAGCUCGAGGACAUUCCACAAGUCGCUAUAGUAGCGGAUCAAGAAUAUCACGACAGCAUUCUCUCAACUUCUUUCUGUCACCAAUCGCAGAUGGAGUCGAGCUUCGACUCGAGCAGACCGGGUACUUUCGUACCGUUGCAGGAGGGCAGACAAACGUGCCGCUACAUCGAGUACAUGGGCGAUCCGGAGCUACAGCCAGUACGGACGAACGAGUGCGCCUUUCUUGUCCGGAACUUUUACAAGCUAUGCUGCUACGUUAAUCUCAAGUAUCGACAUGAGAUAACGGCGCUGUACAACAAACGAAGCUUCUUCGGCAGCGUUUGCCGGCAAUUAGUCACCCCGCCUACUACGGUCGUGAAAUUACCCAAACGGACGCCGAGCGGAUUUACCAGCGGCUACGAAGAGCGGCUGCCGCCUCGAUUGAGCUUACGGCCUUUGGCCAGUUACACUUUCCUCGCGAGCAUGUUAUUCGGGAUAUUCCUUGCGUGGUGCGCCAAUUACGGACCCUUCACGUUUCUGGGACUUGCUUCUUGGAUAUGGAUCAUGUACGUGCUCAUACGUGCAGCACUGUAUCAUUGCUUCCCAUCGGACGCAAAUACGUUCAGACCGAAUCCAGGUGUGUUUCCCGUUAGUCGAUGAUACUCUCGGCUCUCACGGACGACGCUUAAGCUACAAUCCUGCGGAUAACACUGAUAGCAUAUUGUAUAUUCGCGAAUAAUGAGUAACAGUUUUGAAGAAUGUACAUCUUUGAGGAAUGUAAGUUUACCAAUAUAUAUUUUAUAUAUGUGCAUUGUAUUAUUUAUAAUGUAUAAUGGCCGCGAGACGUUCGCGUUUGCUACAAACACGACCAAAAUACAACGCAUCGAACGUAACGUG